AUGUCUCACUCCUACUACCGUGGCGCCUUGCUCAAGGGCCUGUGUUCGUACGGCAGGCGGCACAGGGCCAUCCUUGCGCAGCUGCCAGGCGUUGACGGCGAGAAGGUGUUUGGCGGACCUCACCCGCUCAUCGACCAGAUUAGUUCCAUCGUCGAGUUUGACCGCUGCAUCACUGCCCCACACUUCGGUUUUAAUUCACCCGAAGAGUACUACCGCGCCGCCGACUGCUUCGUUUCGCUGGAAACGACACAGACUCCCAUUAUGUGUAUCACUGCGCGUGACGAUCCCAUCUGCGGCAGGCCGCCGAAAAUCCGUCGCUGGGAGAAGCUGGCGAAUAUAAAUUCCAACGUUGUGUACGUGGAGAUGCCGAGUGGUGGGCACAUCGGCUUCCUGGGCAACCCCGUCGCCGAGCUGCGACAGUUGCCGAACGCCGGGGAACGGCUUGUGCUGCAGGGCAUCGAGGGCUUCUGCAAGAAACUCGAAGGGAACUAG